UAGGCAGGCCCCUGCUAGCAGCCUGGCGUAAACCACAGUUGAAUAACUCAGCCUUUAACUCCACCUUUGGCCUGUCAAAGUCCCCUGUCCUGCGUCUCCUCCUCAGGCAGAUAACACCUGUCCUGAGACACCUGAGCACCUCCUUCAGCCUGGGACACCAUCGGAGCAGGAGCUGUCUGGUGAGAAGCAGAAGAGAUGGCUGGCAUCAAACCGCGGGUGAUCGCGCUGACCAAGCGCGAGGGCCAGACGUUUGGCUUCUUCCUGCGCGUGGAGAGGGACGAGGAGGGCCACCUGAUCCGUAGCCUGGACAUGGGGGGCGCCGCUGAGCUGGCCGGCCUCAAGGACGGGGACCGCAUCAUCCGGGUCAACGGCGUCUUCGUGGACAACAUGGAGCAUGCCCAGGUGGCGGAACUGGUGAGGAAGAGUGGGAUGUCAGUGAACUUUCACGUCCUUGGAGAGGCUGCCUACAAGGAGGCGAAAGAGAAGGGAUGGGACAUGGGAGAGAUUCCCCGUCAGAACGUCAUGAACGGGGCUGCCACAGGCCCAGCCGUCAAGCCCAAGCUCUGCUACCUCCUCAAGUCCACCUCAGGCUACCAGUUCUCUCUGAAGAGUGUGAAAGGGGAGAAAGGCCUGUUCAUGAUGGAUGUGACCAAGGGGGGCUCGGCUGACACAGCAGGGGUCAAGGACAACGAUCGCAUCCUGGAGGUCAACGGGGAAAAUGUGGAGGACGCCACCCAUGAGAAAGUCGUAGAGAAGGUAAAGGCCUCGGGCAACACUGUGAUGUUCUUGCUGAUAGACCAGGAAACGGAUCGACACUUCAAAAACAAGCGCAUCGCCCUGGUGUCAUCCCUCGCCACUGUAAAACAUCUCCCCUACAAACCACGCAUCGCAGAUUUGACCAAAGGCUCCGACGGUUAUGGUUUCUACCUAAGGAAAGAGCCGAAAAUGUCAGGUCACUUCAUAAAGGACAUCGACCGUGGCGGCCCUGCGGAGAAGGCUGGCCUGAAAGACAUGGACCGGCUUGUGGCCGUGGCUGGGGUGUCGGUGGACAACUGCAACCACGACCAGGUGGUGGACAAGAUCAGGCAGGGAGGAAACAAGUGCUGCCUCCUAGUGGUGGACUCCGAAACAGACAAGAUGUACAAACUGGGCAAGGUGUCCCCUCUCCUCUUCUGGGAGGAGACUCAAGCAUCUAAACCUGAACCAGCCAAAACCCCAGAGCCCAAACCUGCUACUCCUCCUCCAUCUUACAAACCUGAACCCACACCAGCAGUCGUGCCCGUGCCUGUGCCCACUCCCUGCCCAGUGCCCCCACCCGCAGACGACUAUAAGCCUAAACUGUGCCGGAUGGUGAAAGCUCCUUCUGGGUUCGGCUUCCACCUGAACGGCAUCCAAGGAGUGCCAGGACAGUACAUCAAAGAGGUGGUGAAGGAUGGCGCAGCAGACAAGGCGGGCCUGGAGGACGAUGACAUGGUAGUGGAGGUGAACGGCAAGAACGUGGAAGGCGCCACGCAUGAGGAAGUGGUGAACAUGAUCCGCAACACCGGAGACACGCUGGUGCUCCUAGUGGCCGGAAGGACUACCUACGACCACCUGAAGGCCUCUGGGGUGGCCAUCACCACUGCCCUGCUGGGAGUCGAGGUCGCUAGGCCCCCCAGCCCGAAGCUCCCAGAACCCGCUCGGCCUCCAAGCCCAAAGCUCCCGGAACCCGCUCGGCCUCCAAGCCCAAAGCUCCCGGAACCUGCUCGGUCUCCAAGCCCAAAGCUACCAGAGCCACCUGCUCCACCCAGCCCAAAGCUACCAGAAUCACCCAGGCCUGCCAGCCCCAAACUCCCUGAGCCAGUUGCCCCACCCAGCCCAAAGCUUCCAGAAUCACCCAGGUCUGCCAGCCCAAAACUCCCUGCCCCACCCAGCCCAAAACUUCCAGAUUCACCCAGGUCUGCCAGUCCAGUUGCCCCACCCAGCCCAAAGCUUCCAGAUUCACCCAGGUCUGCCAGUCCAGUUGCCCCACCCAGCCCAAAGCUUCCAGAACCACCCAGGGCUCCCAGCCCAAAACUCCCUGAGGAACCCAGGCCUCCAAGCCCAAAGCUCCCAGAGCCAAGAUCCGCCAGCCCACAGGAGGAAAAGAAGGAGGACAAGAAGGAAGAGAAAGUCGCGGAGAAAGAGGCUGCCCGACCGGACACACCUCCCCAGCCACGUGCAAGAACACCAUCUGCAUCGUCAUCUUCAGGCGAAAGUUUGGACGAACAACUUUAAUUAUUUAACAUCAGUGUCUACAAAUAUUGUUAUUGGUUAAUUUACUCUUUAAAUGUUAUUUCUACAGAACAGAGUUAAGCUACCUGACAGAAAAAUGUUGAUCAGAAGUAAUUUCAAAAACUUUGUCAAGGUUGUAUUUAUAAAGUAUUUUCCACUACACAGUAUCUGAGGUCUGGUAAGCUGAAACUACGUCGAUGAUGUCGACAAUGUUCAAAGUGCUCUUGUAGGGACAAAUAAUCUGAUCUGUUGAGCCCUGACAAGAUAACACUAUCAACAGAUGAGAGCAAUAAACAUUUCAAUAAUUGGCACCAGCCCUUGUACAUUGAUAUCAUAUAUGCAUGCUGUGUUAGUUUGCAGUACGUUGACAGCCCUUAUUUUCAGGGAGUCACAUGUUAAGAGAUUAAGAAACGUGAAUGAUUAGUCAUUCAAUUCACUCCAUAUAAAAAAUAAUUUUGUUGUAUUAUUAAACUGGGGCAGAGGUAGCCUGGAAUGAUUCGAGACCGCUAAAUCAACGAGAUGAGGUUGUGUCAAGAGACUGUUGUGGUGAUCUUAUGAUUGCCCAGAGGGCGUUUGUCAAGGAAGCUUCUUCGGAUUGUUGCCUGAACCACUCCAGAUGUUCUAUUUUUGUGAUGAAUGCGGUGUUGUUAAAUUAAACUGAUUUCCUUGCCAAACCGAA